GCUAUCCUGACGUGUUUUUUUUUCAGAAAUUGAGCAAUACCGCAGAGCUGUUGCUACGUUGUUAGGAGAGAUACACAGAACACCAGAUCAUUAUCAAGAUGUCCACACUUUCAAAGAAAACCAAGGGCCAAUUGGUUGAAAUCGCACAAGACCUCGAUAUUGACAUCGCCGAAUGCAAGGUGAAGAAGGACGUUUACGAGGUGGUAAGAGACUACUUCAUCUCCAACUCAGAGAAGUUUGACGAGAACUCGAAGUACUACGAGCUCGCUGUCCUAUCCAAGUUCGGGUCGCCUAAGAAGACGGUCUUUAUUGAAAGCGAGAACGGUGACGUGAAGGAGGUAGAUGUUGCUGAAGACGAUGACGACGAAACGGAAGAAGCAGAAGACAACGACGGUGAUGCCGAUGAUGACGACGAGGACGACGAGGACGAUGAUGAAGACGACGAGGACUUCGACUUCGAAUGCUACACCAGCUUGGUGAAGGCAAUUCAGCACGGAACUGUUUCGGAGUAUCUUGAACUCAAGAACUACGAGCUCAGAGACUACUUGGGUGACCCAUACACCAUCAACGAGUUGACGUUCAGCAUUGAAACCGCAGUCUUGCUCUACAGAUUGAUCUCCUUAACCACCCUUGAUACCUACUUGCCAUCCUCAGUGUUGAAAUAUCUUCCUGCGUUUGCGCAGACCUUCCCUGUCAUCUCUACAUCGUCGUUCAACCUCACCAACGCUGCUUCCCUAGUUUUGUGGUUGGUUUCUGCCAAGGCCUUACCAUUGAUUUUCUCAUACUACGUGAACUUCACCUACGACUUCGACAGAGAUGCCUUCACUGAGUCACUUGCAAAGUUGUUCUUGGCAAUCAUUGUUUUUAAGUCAGAUUUCACUCUCUCAACUGUUGGAAACGAGAUCAAAUACGCCUUCCGCGAUAACGCAUACGAGGCUGUGAAGCAUUACGCUUUUGUUGCAACCUUGAAGUUGAAAGAUACUUUCCAGAACUGGGUCCUAAUCAAUGCACUUUUCACCUCAAUUCUAUCUCUUUAUGCAAACUUGGCAUUUGUGUAAGUCGCUUAAUAACAUGAAUCGUCUAGAAAUGUGUUUCAAUGUUUUGAUAUUUGACCUGUGAAUGAAGCAACGACGUCUGGGAUGUUUGGGAUUAUGCUUUGCGAUUUUUUUUUCAAUAUGUUUUAUUUCUCCAGCCUCUUUUUUUUC